AUGGCGCCGUCUUCUACACACCCAGGCCCCCCCUCGACCACCAACUCCACAACUAGUCCUUCCUCCAUCUUCGACUCGAUACCUUUCACAGCGGGCAUCCCCAUGGCCUCAGCAGUCUCGGACGCCGGCGCUGGCGCCGCUGGCCCGGGGCUCGGCUGGCGCGAUCCCCCCAAAGGUUUCGAGCUUGCUCAAGUUCACUACCUCGUCCGACACGGCGAGCGCACACCCGUCCGAACUCGUCUCACGCACAUCUUUCCCGAGAAAUGGAACUUAUGUCGUGCCGGACGCGAGUUUGAUGCUUGUGUGCUCGAACUGGCGCCUUCAGCCGAUAACUCGAUUCCUCCCUUCCAGGUGGGUCAGGUCAACUCUGGCAAGAGCGCCACCAUGUAUAGCAGCAUCAUGCGCAUGCGUCGCAGCGUCGAGACCGAGUCGUCCAUCUCGGGCCGCGGUCAGAAGGAUGAAGAAGGCGAAUGCUUGCUCGGCGAGCUCACCGAUCUCGGUCGUCUCUCGACGCUUCGCUUCGGUCGUGAACUUCGCAGCCUCUACGUCGAUCGCCUCGGCUUUCUGCCACAGCUUCUCACCAGCAAGGACAUGGACGCGCUCUACUUUCGAAGCACCAACAUGGGUCGCACUAUCGAGAGUCUCGAACAGGUCAUUCGCGGUCUGCACUCGAAUGCUGUUCAGCCAAACACACAGGGUCAGUUCAUCCCAAAAGUGCUGGUGCGCAACGGCACCGACGAGAAUCUGCUGCCCAAUACGUACGGUUGCUCGCGACUUGCGGCGCUUGACAAGGCAUUCGCCGAAGCGGCUGCGCGCGUCCACAAUCCCAAGCUCGAGGAGUUCGAUAGCCAGCUGGAAUCGGUGACAGGGGCCAAGCCACGCGUCGACGGCCGCCCUCGUCUCAAUGGCAUUGUCGACACGGUCAAGGCGGCGCAAGCACACGGUUUCCCGAUGCCCGCUGCUCUCGCCGAUGCGCGAAUGCUACGAAAACUCGAAGAUGCUGUGGUGGCCGAAUGGUUCUCGGGUUACAACGACGUCGAUCCGGAAAAGAGGACCGAGUUCCGCCGUCUUGCCAUGGGUCGCUUCGUCAACGACCUGGCUACGCGCAUGUCAAUGCGCGCAGAAAAGGGCGAGCAGGAUCCGCUCAAGUUCGCCAUCUAUGCGACCCACGAUACAGCAUUAGCCGGGCUGCUCAACACGCUCGACAUCUUUGAUGGCCGCUGGCCAACCUUUACCUCUUCCAUGGGCGUCGAGUUGUUCCGUGACACCUCGGCUCCGACGUCGUCUUCGAUCUUUGCCAAAGUGCAAAGCCUCUUCGGGCUUAAGUCACAGCAACAGCAGCACUAUGUGCGAGUCCGAUACGGUGAUCGCGACAUGAAGCUGCCAGCGUGCGCUGCUAAGGGCAACCACUUUGAAGGUCGACCCGAGCUGUGCACACUGGAAGCAUUCAUGGGCAUAGCCAAGUCGCUGCAGCACCCGCGAGGAUGGACUUGGGAGCAGCAGUGUGCUGUUGGUCAAGGACCGCGGUCAUCCAAGUAG